AUGGAACCUUGUGAAACAGUGCCCGAUUUUCGUCAAGAUUACUUAAGCCAUCGUGACAUAAAUGAUUAUUUGGAUUCAUUGCAAGCAAAAUUUCCGAAAUUGGUUCGAGUGAAGACGAUUGGUUACACAUUUGAAAAGCGUGCACUUAAAUCUAUACACAUAUCAGUAUCAUCGUUGCAAGUGAGAAAAAUUAUACUCAUCGAUGGCGGAAUGCAUGGUCGUGAAUGGUGCACAAUUUCAACAGCUCUCUAUUGUGCCAGUCAAUUAACCGAAAAUUUUGACGCUAAUAAAGAUUUGCUAGACAUCUUCGAUUUUGUGAUUGUACCAUGUAUUAAUGCGGAUGGUUACGAGUAUUCACGUCGCUAUAAAAAAAUGUGGCGAAAAUCCCGACGUCCAAUUCAUUUUUCAAGAUUUAUUGGAGUCGAUUGCAAUAGGAACUUUAGUGUGGGAUGGGAUGAGGCAUGUCAAAAAACAUCAAGUUGCACAUUUCGCGGCGAAAGACCAUUUUCAGAACCCGAAACAAGAAUCAUAAAAUAUCUUAUGCAUUCACUAAAGCCGACAUUUUACUUGACACUUCAUUCAUUUAGCAAGUCAAUAAUGUUCCCAUAUGCAUUUACAAAAACAUUGCCUGAAAAUUGGUCAAGUCUUCGUAAUUUGGCUAGAGCCGGUUAUUUGGCAAUUAAAAAGGAGACAGGCACGAAAUUUCGCAUUGGAAGCGUAUCAUCGUUAGUAAAAAAUUCAAAAUCAAGUGGCGGAGGAAGUUUAGACUAUGCACAUAAAACAGCAAAAAUACCAUUUGUCAUCGUUAUGGAGUUAUCGGGAGGUGGAUUUCAACCAUCGAAUACGGCCAUCUAUGGCAUCAUUUGUGAAUGUUGGAUUGGUAUACGUGCCAUGUGCUCAUUUUUAAAAAACAAAACUUAAUGAUA